AUGACAACUGCACCCUCUACGAGACCAGUUUCGCAAGGGAAAAGCAGGGCUUAUGCAUCGGAAAGAACAACGAUACCUCGAAUUUCAAACAAAUGUGAUCUUCAAGCUUGUGACUCAUGUCGUAUGCGCAAGGUUAGGUGCGACGUGGACCAAAUCGGCCUUGCUUGUACCAGUUGUCGCCUGGAUCAAGUAAAAUGCUUGGCCUUUAACCGCAAAAGAGAAAAAAGCGCCCACAAGCAUUUAAAGUCCGGCGAGAAAACCGCAAGCGCGCUUAAUGCGUUCCUUGACCUCACGGCAAGAAAUCAAAACUUGGCCGAUGACACGGCUCAGGAUCGCGAAUCGUGCGUUACCAACAAGCAUAUACCUCAUCUGCUUUAUCAAAUACAUGCCCCCUACGUCGGUUGGAGACAUAUGAAUGAUGACCAGAAUAUCGCCGAUGCAUUCCCAUUAAAUGGUGCCGCUGAUACCGCGAAUACGACACAGUGGCCAAUAAAGAUGCAGCAGCCCUGGAUUCUUCCACAUUAUAUUCGUGAGCUGCCACGACGAUUGCGGUCCGACGAUGUGAACUAUCUAAGAGCCAAGGGUGCACUGAAAAUCCCAGCAGAUGAGCUACGAAAUGAGCUACUCAAAUGUUAUUUUCACUGCGUGCAUCCACAUAUGCCUGUGUUGGAUAUAGACGAUAUCCUGCACGCGAUUGCUCUCAAUGACGGGGUCCAUCGAGUGGGAUUACUGCUCUUCCAGGCUGUUAUGUUCGCAGGCGCAGGUUUCAUUAGUGAGGAGCACCUUUACAAUGCGGGGUUUCCAAACCGACGAGAUGCGCAGAAGUGUUUCUUCAACAAAAGUGUGACUGACCGUAUAUCACUCAUUCAAUCCCUUCUCCUCAUGACACUUUGGUAUGAGCCUCCCGGUAACCCAAAAGACGCCUGGCAUUGGAUGGGAGCCUGUCUAUCGCAGGCUCACACCAUCAGAUUGCACCGUGAACAAGUCAAAUCCGAUAUGGACCAGCAAAGAAAACAACUCCGGAAAAGACUAUGGUGGUGCAUUUAUGCACGUGAUCGACUCAUAGCACUAGGAAUGCGACGGCCUGCGUUGGUGCAUGAUGACAGCUACAAUAUCCCGAUGCUCACAAUUGAUGAUUUUCAAUUCGGUUCACCAGAGCUUUUGAGAACUGUCGGUUGUGGUUUAAUGCCUCAGAGAGUCGACAAACAACGCUUUUCUGCCUUGCUUUUUAUUGAAAUGGUCAAACUCUCCCUGUGCAUCAGCAAGGUCCUUUCAGUACAGUACUGUGUCGCCAGCACUCGAUUUGGUGAUUCUGCGGCGACGACGACGAUGUUGACACCAAGGAAAACAGUGUUUGAAAUUGACAAAUUCGAACAGUGUGAUGCGAUGUUGAAAGAUUGGGUUACUCGAUUACCCACUGAGCUUCGUAUUGAGCGAUUGAGGUCAAAGAGCAGUGCAUUUGACGUGGGUAGCUCUCUUCAUAUUCAUGGAGCAGUGUUGAGAAUGGUUUACUUGGCGACAAUAGGCGCCUUAUACCGUCCACCGGCGCUCUUUUUCCCAGAUCUGAAUGCAGAGCUUCGUGACGCCUCAAGACGAAGGAUUCGACAGGCUGCACACGAGACUACAACAAUUGCAAGUGACCUACAUCAACUCAACCUUACGCGGUACCUUCCAACAGUUGGUGUUACUACUCUGCUUUCUGCGGGAGCAACUCACCUUUUGGAAAUCAGGUCCAAGGAUCUAGAGGUCUCCCUGGUCGGAUUACGUGGAUUCGAACAGUGCAUGCAAAUUCUACAUCGACUGCAAGAGAUUCACACGUCGGCCGAUUUCGCAACAAAUCUCCUGAAAUAUGCUGCCAUUCAGACUGGAGUUCAGGUGACUGGGGAUGAAAUAGACGCACCAGGCCGUUCCACCUGCUUUCCAGCUCUAAAUCCCGUCCAGGAAGUGUGCAGACAGCCGAAGAUUCUGGACGAAGCAUUAAAUCCGGAAGAGUUCAACAUGAAUUUACACGAUUUUGUCAAUCUUUUCAAUGACACCGAUGGUAUAAAGAACGAAUUUGACUCUCUCUUAAACGGUUAAACCUCGAGGAUGCAGGUGAUGACGCGCCUUUUCAUGGGAAACCAUUGGGCAAAGAGAAUAAACGAGUGUUUUAGACUGUGUGAGGUCUUUUAUAGCCCAAAUUAAAUAUAUAAUAACCUGGCAUGAUAGCUGUACUUGUACAAAGCUG